AUCAUUGGCUCAACUCUUCACAGACUAACUUUACUGCCGAAGUACGAGCACAACACCGUUGCUUCUGAUCCCAACGCGAACGAGAGACUCCAAACAGUCUGCUAUGAGAAGAUGUCCGUGAACGAUGUGUACGUGUUCCGGCCGUUUAAACUGAUCGCUCUUCUCUGCGUGUUUCUCGCGCUUUGCCUGGACAUUGUUGCUCUGUUGAGCCCCGCGUGGGUGACGGCGGAGGGCUACGCGCUGUCUCUAUGGGAGUCAUGCAGGGAGAUCGAGAGCGACUGGAAAUGCAUCUCCACCCUCAAAUCUGACUGGCAGAUAGCCACAUUGGUGUUAUUAUUAGCUGGGGCAUCAGUGACAUUAGUGGCCUUCCUCAUCGCACUCAUCUCUUUGUGUAAAGGCACACACAGGAAGCACUAUCGUAUGGUGGCAGUGUUCCUCUUCACAGCAGUGGUCCUCCAGGCUUGUGCUCUGGUGCUCUACCCAAUCAAAUUUAUCGAUGGCAAAGUCUUGCAAACGUACCACGAGUUCAACUGGGGCUAUGGGCUGGGCUGGGGUGCCACCAUCUUCAUGCUGGGCGGAGGGAUACUGCUAUGCCUUAGAACAGACAUGUAUGAAGAUGCCAUGCACUAAGGGCUUCAAUACAUAUACACAUACACAUACACAUACACAUACACAUACACACUCAAACACUACAUGCUGUCACAGCAAAAAAGUAACCAGUAUCUACUACACAAUCCUGUUCAGACAUGCUCCAUCGGAAAGGGACAACAGUCUCACAUACUGACACAUAUUUAAAGAAUAUAUACUGUAUAUAUUGUACAUCUCAUAUUUCACACACUCACAUACUGCGUACAACACAUGUAAACAUAGGUUGUGUUCCAAUUUCAUGCUUGUAUUAUGCACUAAAUCUAUGUACUUUGCUGGUGAUGGGAAAGUGCAUACUUUUGAGUACGUAGUAAGAAAGUAUGGCAGUAUUAGGACUUAAAAGUCGUUAUACCACAGACUUCAUUGCGCUAGCAUUUGUUGUUUGUGUUGACAUUUAAAGGAAGAGUUUAUCCAAAAAUGAUUAUUCUCUCAUUUACUCUCCUACCUUACUGCCAUCUCAAACUGUUAUGACUUUCUUCUGCGGAACACAAACGGAGAUAUUUUGAUGCACGGAGAUAUAUCCAUACAAUGCAAGUCAAUGGAGGAAAUUACACACUUAACUUUAACUGUUAUGUUCACCAUUUAAAAGAAAAUUCUGCAACAGACAGUCAAACAAGGAUCUUUGCAAAUGCCUCCUCUUCUGUUGCACAAGAUCUAAUGGGUAGAAUUAGCCUAAAAAGGUUGAUGCUGACACAAAAUCUGAAGAACACUUUGAUAAUCAACUGGAGAUAGCACGCCACCAAAGUUAUCUUUCAACUUAUUAUUAUUUUGGACGCACUGAGUAUAAUCUUGCAUAUUAGGACAGAUGAUAUGUGAAUUGGGACUCAUUCAUAAACACAUCCACAAGCGCACACUCUUUAGCCUCUUACUCUGUUGCACUAGACCUACAUUUAGCAUGAUGGGCUGGUGUUACAAGCAUCAGGACAGUAUGAAGUAUGAAGAACAGCUGUGUGAACUAGACUGCAAGAAUUCAGAUUGAUGGGACUGUAUAUAAGAAUUCCUGACAGACAUUUAAAGAGACUGGAAUGUGCCAUGCCCUCUUGGUUUGCCCCUUGACCAUUCACAAGGAUGGAAAACAUUCACGGAACAAGUUCUCGGGAGAUCCUUUAUAAAGAAGCAUGAUAGUUCCUUUUAGCAUUUUGUAUAUUUCUUGUGUUGCGCUAUCUGAUAUUGGACAUAUCACCUAUUUAAUGUGUUUAUAUAGUAUUAAGAAAGUACGUAAUUUUGGAUUUAGAGGAUAUAUUUUAGGUCAUGUUGUUUGAUAUUUGUGAUUUUUGAAAUACAAGCUUGACUUGAAAGGAGGAGACCUUUUUUGAAGCUUUACUGCUUAAACAUAUCAGUUUCCUUUCUUCAUUUUAAAAGAAUAAUAAUAGGUACUGUUGAAAUAAAUGCAGACUUUUGUUCAGAUAUCGAGGGGAGGGUCUCUGAUUUCAUCAUUUCAUCAAUCACUGUCAGUGUGUUACUGCGUGAACAACACUAUG